ACGAAGCGGUGCGCCCGUUCCAGAGUGUUUGUUCAGUUCAAUGCCGACGACUUAGUUUAUGACGUCGGCAAUGGUGAUUCACCAAUAUGCCGGCGAUUACCAAAAACGAGGCCGAUUAGCAAUCCUUAGUAGUGUGUAUCAUCCUUCUGAACAUCCAACCGAUGAAUCAUGAACGGUUUCGAAACUACUCUUGUAUCUUGUAUACGAAUUUCGAAUUCUACGCACAAAUGUUAGGUUUUGCGCAGAAUCGUGACUCAUUAUACAGUUUUGGAACAAAGCUAAGGACAGCUGCCAAUGCCAAGAAAUCAAGAAAAGAAGGUAAACAAAAGUGUAAAUUGUAAAUGAAAAAAAUGGAAUUUGUUGAAUAGAACACUUUUUUAUUGUGAAAUUCACAAGGAAAAUCAAAUCAUGAACGUCUUGUCCUGCAAACUUUGUGUCUUCACUAUAUUGAUACUCUUGAAGAGUGCCUUUGCCAGUAACAUCACGCAUUUGGUGUUUGGAAGCUACACCGAUGGAAUGCCUGCAGCCUUUGGAGAUUUCAACUCUGACGAACUUACUGACGUGUUUGUGAUUUUAGAUAACAACAAAGCUGUUGAAAUACUGUUAGCUCAUGAGGAAGAGCCGUUGCUAAGGCCAGCUAAGGACCCGUUAAAAUGUAUUUUUAGCGAAUCAACAAUAACGAGCGUUGUUCCUGGGGACUUUGAUGGGGAUGCUCUUAUGGAUGUUAUGGUCACUACAAUUUUUAAACGAACAGAACAAGAUUCUCAAAAGCCAUCACAUACUAAUGUAUACAUUUUAUGGGGUGGAGCAAAUCACUUGAAUUGUACUGAUGAACAUAAUCCAGUAAUAAAAAUGAUUGGGCAACCAUUGGCUAUGGAUUAUAACCAGGAUAUGAUAGUAGAUCUCUUUGGACAAGAUAUCAACAAAAAAAGAAUGUUUUGGGUGUUUAAUAAAGAAAGGAAGGGUCCGCGUAUAGUCCCCAUGGAAGACAAUCAUAGUAAUCGAGGUGAAUUGAGUCGGCCACAUGCUCAUGCAUUUUUAGACGUAAAUCAUGAUUACAUGGCCGACCUCUUUAUCACAACCAAUGAUCACUUUGAAGUAUGGCUAGGCAACGAAAAUGGGUCCCAAUUUAUUUAUCAGACCACAAUCAAUUUACCGGAAAAUUCUAAAAUUAUUGGCCAGUCUCUUUUUAUGGAUGUUGAGCUAAAAGGCUCAAUGGAUUUAGUAACACCAGUUUGUGCAGAAAGGGAGAAUGGAAAUUGUAAAGGAGCUGCACUUAUGGUUCAUUCAGAUGGACAAUGGAUAAAUUUACAAGUUAAUUUCAAAGAUGAUGCUGGAAAUCUUUGGAGAUUUUAUCUUAAAGAAGGUAGCAGAUAUACAAAUGUAAUUACCCUGAGGAGUGGAGAUUUCAACAUGGAUGGUUACCCUGAUAUUUUAGCAACCUUAUCUCCAGAAAAUGAUGACCAUCCACAAUCAUUUUUAUUGGAAAAUGUUGCAUGUCAAAGUGGUUGUGGUAAAUUCAAGCGAUCAUUCGCAGUCAAAUGGAACACUUUAAGUCCAUUCCGAAACGGCACAGCAAUGGCCGCCUUUUUUGACUUCUACCAGGAUGGUAUUUUGGAUUGUAUUCUGGUUACUUAUAAUGGCAGGCAAUAUCAAGCUGCUGCAUUCAAAAAUAGUUUGGAUUAUGACGCUAACUUUAUAAAAGCAAUGGUAUUGACUGGAUUGACUAAUAAAGAUCAUGAAAUGAUUAACGGCAGACUUGGCAAAAAAAGAAGGACAUACGGAUCAAAUUUGCCAGGUCCAUCAAUAUCUUACAAAACAACAACCCAAGAAGGCAACUUACGUCACGGCGUAUCUCCCCAACUACCCCAAUCUGCACAUUUCAGUUUGAAUCUCCCUUAUACAAUAUUCGGUUUGGGUCGUACUCCCAACUUUGUGGAUUAUCUCACAGUAGGUCUUUCCAACCAUUCUAGAUAUUGGACACAAAUUAUACCCAAUUCCCAAAUGGUUGUUAUUCCUUGGCCAGUAAACCAAUCUUGGAAAUGGAAAGCUCAGUUAUUUGUAACACCUAGUAAACUUAUUCUGAUGUCUGUGGCAGCCUUGACUGCUGUUUGUGGUAUGAUAACUGUGAUAAUUGGGGUUUUGCAUUGGAAAGAACGACAGGAAGAUAAGAAAGAGAGGUUGUCAGAGAGUCAUAGAUUUCAUUUUGAUGCAAUGUAAAAAUCAAUAUUUAUUUAUUUCCAUAAUUAAGAAACCACAAGAACAUAGUAAUCCAUUGUAUAUAGACUUUUUAUUAGUUAUAAGUUUCCAAAAUAUUGAAUGCUAAGAAUUUAGAUGUGAUACAAUAAUAUUAAUAAUAAGUACCUAUAAUGAUCAUUGUUAAAUAUUUAAAAUAAACUAUUUAA